AUGACCGAGAGCGAGACAGAGGAGAUUUCCCACCCGACCCGACCCGAGAUUUUUUCUCCCGUAGCCCGACCCGAUCCGAGAGAGGCGCGUGUUUUGAGACCCUCCUGCAUUGAGCUUUGCAGAUGAGGAGCACUCUUCUGACUCUCCCCCUUGUAGAUAGUGCACGUAGCAAAUGAGCUGAUGAGAGAGAGAUUGUAAAUUUUUUUAAUCCUAAUGCUGGCCAAUUAUUAUUGCUCAUUCAUCGAUUGCCCCCCUCUAGUCACAAAAAGACUCUUUUUCGCGUUCCCCCCCCCAUACAUUUUGGCAUUUUCAGAAUAUUGUGUCUAAUAAUUGGUUUCGGCCACGUCAGACACAUGCAAUUCCCCUCAACGUAAUGGGCUGUUAGUAGUGCCGGGCCUCUGGGGUCAGAGCCAGGACCAGAAGACGGCCGCCCGACAACAAGCCGGUUUAACCCCACUCUGACGACUCAGGGCUAGAGAGAGGAUGAAAGAGAGAGUGAGCACUUGAGGAAAUGUUCAUAGCCUGCAAGGGAAAGUGAUACCGACCAACCACGGGUAGCACUUCAGUUUGUGUGCCUUUAUACAUCAGGGAUUGGCAGCCCCGCCACCCUACCCCAGCACAAUUGUUUGACAUUUUGCUUUCACGGGCUGCAUGCACCUGUUCGCGCUUUGUCUAAACUGUUCGCCAAGAAACAUCCGCCCCGUAAAAACCGGAAUUCAAUAUUUUACAACUGCUGAGGAAUUUCUCAUUCCCAUCCUCCCGCCAUCCCUCCACCUUCUGUUUUCAUCCCAUCCCCUCUCUCCCGUUUUUUAAUUGCUCACGUCAAUGGCCGCCCGGCUUUUUUCUUUAGGGUCCCUCUCCCCCCCCUUUUUUUUGUUUUUUUGCCCCGUCACUUUGUACCGCCUUUGCUAAUGUUGUUCAACCCUCAGGCCUGCAACAUGCCCUCCGUGGGAGGAGUACUGACUGGCCCCUUUCUUUCCCCACACAGGCGAGGUUGUUUUGUCUCGUUUGUGGUCUUUACCCAACGCACUAUGCUGACCCGAUCAUUGGCCACCCAUACUCAUAACUGACACAGUCCCCCUUUUCUACAUGUUGUCUUUACUGGUGAAGACUGGUCUUCACAUACUAGUCACGUUGGUCAUUGUCCUUAUAUGGUUUGUUUGAACCAUCACGUACUUUACAUUAACUUGUUCCAUCUGAGUUGACAAUUGUGAUAUGAAUAUGCGGCCCAGCCCCUGACUUUCAACCCGCUACCGCUCCUCCUAUCAGGUCGCCUGUCUGCCUGUGUUUUACACCCAGUGCACCAGUCUCCAGACGUCAAUGAAAUACCAUCACCACCCCGCUAACAGCACGCCACCCCGUAUGUGACAGCCAUAUACGCCUACAUCUCUCUAUACUCUAUUUCAUUGGACAGGGUUUGCUCCCUUAGGGUAGUCCAAAUUCCCUUUAGUUGCCUUUUGUGCACAUCUUUUUCACUUUUUCUCAGUCCUUUUACCUAUUAUUCUACCCCUUCUCUUACUUUUAUUUCAAAUAUAUGAUAUCUUGGGCUGCAGGUUACCGUGUCGUUUCCCCUCAUAUAGUUUUUUCGUAGAUGACCCUUACCCCCGUGAACCCCCUUACCAUGUUUUCUUAGUCCCUGCCUAUCUGUUGCUCUCUUGUCGAUGACACACCUCGGGUGUCCUUUAGCACUUCCCACAUUUUUUUGGUUCACUGUGUUGAUGUGAAACGCUAAUGGACCUUUAAAUGGCUGUACUGUCGAGUAGGUGGAACCAGGGCUAUAAAUACAUGUAGUUUGGGUGUUGGAGAGUAGACAGGGCUGUUACAUCCCGGUAAUCGGUCCGGUGGGGAGUGUUUGGUAACGGAAAGCACCUGGAGAGACGGGGGAGGGAAACAGUCUUCUGGGUCACGGACACCAUCCCUGAGAGAAGGGAGAUGAAGGGAACCCCACCAGUGUCAGGACAGUGUGUUUUCAUAACAGUUUUUUGCCCCCACAAAUGUCAGGCAGAGCUACAGCACGUGAUCUGACCACGUUUUUCCCCCCCCCCCUUUUAAUUAAGAGUGGGUUAUGUGUUGGUGUUUCUUGAGAAAAGUCUUAUCAUUUCUUAGUCUCUAGAGGUUGUGUGGAGAUUUGUUGUGAGUAGAGCAGAUUGAGAGAGAGAGAGAGGAUUUUUGCUUGGGAGAGAGCAGACUGAUGCGAGACUGAGAAGUUGAUGAGAGAUUGAUGACGAGAGACCCGAGAGAGAUUUUGCUUUUUGUACCCCCCUCUCCGAGUAUGGAGACGACCCGAGUUUAGAGACUUCUUUUCCGAUCCCUCCCUUUUUUCUGAUUUCGCUGUACGCGCAGACGCUUUCGUCCUUUCGGAGAUUUUUUUUUUUGUUGAUUUUCGUAUCCCUGCUCUUUUUACCCUGCCAGAGAGAUUUGGAGAAACGACCGAUGAGAUUGAGAGAGAGAGAGAGAUUGAAGAGAGCGAAGAGUAGGAGAGAGAGAGAUUUCUUUGGCAGACCGAGAGAGAGAGUUUGAGUCAGAGAGAGAACCGCUUAGGCCACCCUUUUCGAUGGAGAGAGAUGAGAGAGAUCGAGGAGAGAUCCGAGAGACCGAGAGCACAAAUAAGUACUCACACUAUUAACCUAUCACCCUUUUUGCGUAAGCGAUUACAGCUGUGAGUCUUUCUUGUUAAGCUUUACACACCUGGCUGGAUUGUACAAUAUUUGCACAUUAUUCUUUUUAAAAUUAUUCAAGCUCUAUUAAGUUGGUUGUUGAUCAUUGCUAGACAGCCAUUUUCAAGUCUUACCAUAGAUUUUCAAUCCGAUUUAAGUCCAAACUGUAACUAGGCCAUUCAGGAACAUUCAGUGUUGUCUUGGUAAGCAAGUCUUGUGUAUAUUUGGCCUUGUUUAUUGUUGAUAGGUGAAUUUGUCUCCCAGUGUCCAUUGGAAAGCAGAAUGCAGGUUUUCCUCUAGGAUUAUUACUGUGUUUUGCUCUAUUCCGUUUCUUUUUAUCCUAAAAAAAAACUCCCCAGUCCUUGCCGAUGACAAGCAUACCCAUAACAUGAUGCAGCCACCACCAUGCUUGAAAAUAUGAAGAGUGGAUUGGGUUUUCCCCAAACAUAACACGUUGUAUUCAGGACAUAAAGUUAAUUUCUUUACCCAUUGUUUUGCAGUUUAAGUGCCUUAUUGUAAACAGAAUGCAUGUUUUGGAAUAAUUGUUUUCCUGUACAGGCUUCCUUCUUUUCACUCUGUCAUUUAGGUUAAUAUUGUGGAGUAACUACAAUGUUGUUGAUCCAUCCUCAGUUUUCUCCUAUCACAGCCAUUAAACUCUGUAACUGAGCGGUUUCCUUCCUCUCCGGCAACUGAGUUGGGAAGGAUACCUGUAUCUUUGUAGUGACUGGGUGCAUUGAUAUGCCAUCCAAACUGUAAUUAAUAACUUCACCAUACUCAAAGGGAUAUUCAAUGUCUGCUUUUUUUAUUUUUUUAUCUAUUUUAUCUUCCAAUAGCUGCCCUUCUUUGUGAGGCAUUGGAAAACCUCCCUGGUCUUUGUGGUAGAAUCUGUGUUUGAAAUUCACUGCUUGACCGAGGGACUUUACAGAUAAUUAUGUGUGUGGGGUACAGAGAUGAGGUAGUCAUUCAAAAAUCAUGUUAAACACUAUUAUUGCACAUAGAGUGAGUCCAUGCAAUUUGUUAUGUCACUCCUGAACUUAUUCAGGCUUGCCAUAACAAAGGGGUUGAAUACUUAUUGACUCAAGACAUUUCAGCUUACAUUUUUAAAUAAUUUGUUAAAAUUUCUAAAAACAUAAUUCCACAUUUACAUUAUGGGGUAUUGUGUGUAGGCCAGUGACACAACAUCUAAAUGUAAUCGAUUUUUUAUUCAGGCUGUUACACAACAAAAUGUGGAAAAAGUCAAUACUUUCUGAAGGCACUGUAUAUCUGUUUGAAGUGUAUGCAAAUAGAUUAUACAAGUGGUUAGGCAUUUUCAACACACAAAUGUUUCUUAAAAAGACAUGAAGAAAAGUAGUCAAUUUCUCCUCAACCCUCAAGCAUGAAAGAUUAUCAUGCAUGUUGUUGAUGUUAGUUCUGUGCGUGCAGUUAAGGGCAAGGUGUGCUGCUUUGUUUUGAGCCAGCUGCAGCAUUGCUAGGUCUUUCUUUGCUGCACCUGACCACAUUACCAGACAGUAAUCAAGAUAAGACAAGACCAGAGCCUGAACAACUAGUACAGUUGAUCUUUGUGUCAAAAACGCAGAACAUCUUUUUAUAAACAGACAUACCCCUCCCCAUCUUCACAACAACUUUGUCAAUAUGACUUGACCAUGAUAACUGACCAUCCAAUGUUACUCCUACGAGUUCAGCUUCUUCAUCUUCUUAAUGGUCACACCCAUAAUGCACAACUCCAGUUGAGGUUUAGGUCUAAGAGAAUGCUUUGAACCAAAUGCAAUGCUUUUGGUUUUAGAUGGAUUUAAGACCAGUUUAUUGCUAAUUACCCAUUCUGACACUGACUGUAACUCCUUGCUAAGAGUCUCAGCGAGCUCACCGGCUGUAGGUGCUGUGUCUCUGUAUCUCAACCUGUACAGAGCUAGUGACGUGCGUGUGUGUCAGCCAGGUCAUUCAUUUGGAGAGGUAUUCUCUGUAGCGUCGACUCCCACUGGAAGCCAUUACUGAGGAGCUGCGAAGCCAUGGGCCUAUGCUGCUUAAUUACACUCUCAUACACGCUAGCCACCACGUUUUUCCCCUUUAAAGCACCUUCUUCCUAUCCUUUUCUUCCUCUUUUUUAAAUCCCUUCUUCCCCCCCCCCCUCUUUUUUUACAUUUUUUCCUUUUAUCCCCACACUAUCUCUUUUUACCCUUUUUUUUUAUUAUACUUUCCUCCCCUUUCUGCGCCCCCUUACUCAUUCUUUUUUCCUUUUUUCUGAUUUUCCACUACUUUUCCAUUCCUUCUUUUUUUUUCUUCUUCAAUUUCCUUUUUUUCCUUUUCCUGCAUUCCAUUUCCGUUUUUGUCGUCUUUCCUACCCCAAUUCCCUUUAUUUAUUUUUCCCUCCUUUUAUCUUUUCCUUCCCUCUUUCAUCUUUUCCUUUCCCUUUCUUCUUCUUUCCCUUUUCAUUCAUCCCACUUUUCCUCCCAUUAUACCCAACAGACACACAACACUGUAUGUAUACACACAUACUUACACAUGCCAACACAUAUAUUUGAAGCAUGAAUAGUAUUGCAAGGUGACCAGCUAGCUCCUGGGUCUUCGGAGCAUUGGGCUAAUCAUCUAGGAAGACUGACAUGUGCAAAUGUAAGGCAAAAGCCGUCCACAAAUAAAGAUAUUUACCAGUCCCUCCACACACUCUCAUGCAUGAUUAAGCCUGGAGGCGAGGGAAUGAGUGUGUUGUCAUAUUUUCAGAUUUUGUUUAACAAUGUGACAAAAUAACAUUAGGAUCUAGAGGCAAUAGUGUUGCAAUUAUUGGAAGCCUCUUUUUUUCUACACUCAAUCAUGGCCAUGCUUUUAUAGCGAUGGCUAAUGCCGCGCUGAUCCAUUCCCAAAUGCCUUUGCAGUGGAGGAACUCAUUUAAGCGGACACACAAAAGUAUUUGUUCAUGUGUCUGGGAGUACAGCAACACAUUUCACAGCCGCCCAUUCUUUGGCUUAAUGCGGAACAUCCCCUGGGUGAUGGGUUUGGCAGCUUCAGAAAUGGGAAAUCCAUAUUUGCUGAGGGGGUCAUCCGCGGGUUAGGGGGAGAAAAGUUUGUGCCGAGGAUCUGUGACUUCGUUGGGAGAAAGUUUUCCUUUUUUGUUGUUGGAGUGUUGGGAAUUGUGCGGGAAUCGAUAUUCAUAAGGGGUGUAAGGUUAUACUAAGGUGGUAGAGGGUGUAAUAUCAUGGAGUAGAGGUGUGUGUGCGUGCGUGCGUGCAUGUGUCUGUGUCUGUGUGUUGAAUACCACAUGAGGUUGAAUAAUCCUGUAAUAUGAAAUGACAGCCUGCUAGUGACAGAUAGGGUAAAGUGGUUGUUUUCUCUGUGUAACCUCGUCCACCACAGCGCCUCUGGAGCUGCCCCCCGGGAGAGGCAGGAACUUCAGCCUAACAUCUCACCAGCUGAGGGUCCUGACCCAGCUAGCCUGCACUCUGCUGGGUCUGGAGAGCCAAGUGGACGAGCUGGCCACUCAACUGGCAUUCAUCAACUGUGUUGGGGAGACUCCCUGCAGUGUGAGAGGUACACAACCGCUACAGAAACACACACACACACACACACACACACACACACACACAGUGUGUGUCUGCGUGAACUGUUAGCGAUUUUCUGCACAUCAACUUUGCACCUGUGUGCAUAGGUAUAUACUAUACACUACAACAGUGAUGUCACAGAGAGAGAGAGGAGAGAGAUAGAAGGAGAGAGAAAAGGAGAGGAUGAUAUAGAGGUAGAGAGAGAGAGGAAGCUAGAGAAUAGAGAAAGAGAAGCGAGAGAGAGGAGAAGACCGAUCCGAGAGAGAGAGAGAGAGAGAGCGAGAGAUAGAGCGAAGAGAGAGAGAGAGAGAGAGAGGAGAGAGAGAGAGAGAGAGAGAGAACAUGAUGUUCAGACAAAGAGGUCCCUUUGCACUGCGGCGCUAUCAGGCAGAGACUACACUACACACUCUAACCACAGAACAACACACACACACAUAUGCACACAGAACACCAAACAACAACAUUGCAUGCUUUUGCACACAUAACUUGCCUGGACAUACAGUUUAAACAGACUGCAUACUCUCCAUGUGUUAUUUAAAUGUGUACUUUUAACAGGGAAUUAUCUUGGUUGCGUACAAGUCUUUACCAGCCCUCUCCUCUUUCCCCUCUGAACUGGAGCCGAGAAGUUAAAUGAAAGCUUUUGGUGCAUGUAGUAAUUUCCAUAAAGGUUACAUUAAAAAACAAGACAUGCAGAAAGGCUCAAUUUACAGAGAAGUAAACAGCCUUUAAAGGGCAGUUAUCCAAAUCAUUAAUUUUAGGCAAUCAAACGGCUUAAUUACCAGAAAUUCAUCAGAUGGGCUUAAAGGUCAAAAAGUGACGCGCGGGCUGCUUCCUCCCCUCUUCCGUUCUGCGCGGUCUUGUUCGGCUAAAUUGCCUCGCCUGGGGUCUCACUUUUCCGCUUCUGAUUAGGAAAACGUGGCCUUGAUGUGUGCUCCUUUUAAUUUGUUCCUCCAUACACCCGUCUUAUCCUCCCCCCUCACCCCCUCAAAGGAUUAGCCCAGUUAUGGCCGUUGCUAUCUGGGUUCAAAUCAACUCCAUCCCCAGAUAUAGACUAAUAAACCGCUCACUGUUGCAUUUGACUUAAAACUUGAUUUACUGCUCAUGUAAAUCGGAGGCAUGUAGUAAUUUGCUUGUCACUCUUACUGAUUGGUUUAUGUACAGUUAUGCAAGCAUUGUCCAUGCUGCCCACCAUGGGAUAUUAUUGUGUACAUUACAGCAAUAUUUGUGCCAAAGACUUUACUUCUAAGAAUUAUACAGUAGCUAUAUUUCCUGAAUAGCCUAUUGUUUCAAAAAAUGUGUUAUCAAUGAGUUUAUGUCAUGGCCUUGUCUUUAGGUUGAUGGCCAUUUAAUUUCCCUUAGCUACGGGCUUGGAGAUUUGGCCAAACACAUCCAUAUCAUCUGAGACCUUAUUCCAAUGUAGAGAAUCAUUUUGAAGCCAUAUCUGUUUCUGUUGAUAGGAAUAUUGAAAAAGACCAAAGACAACUUGGAUAUGACUACUGUGGAUGGUAACAAGACCACGGCAGAGAUGCUCUUCCAGAGCCCGGAGGUGAGACUGCCCUCUGCUGCCUCGGAGGAGAAACUGCAGCUUGAGCAAUAAGGCAUUGUUCCGUCAACUGCUGCAAUAUCACCUGAUCAAACAUAUUUCUGACGAAGACUGAAGUCUUUAGAUGCUCAUUUUGUCCUUUCCCUGUGUUGAUUGGCUGUGUGGUUUUCUCUUCCUGAUCAUAGGCCAUUGUUCUGGAGUUUGAUUGGAGGGCUGCGUUCAGGGAGCUGGUGCCCCAGAUGGCUCAUUGUGUCAAGGUGGUGCUGGAGGAUGUGUGCACCAAGAGUCUGCAGCAGGAGGAGCUGUCACACACAUCUGGCUCCGCCCACAUGGUCCUGACUAACACACCCCACAGAGAUGGCUCCUCCCUCACCUGCCCAGAGAGGGACCGCCCCAAGAUGGUCGCCAAGGCAAGCAUAAAGAUCAACAUGUGUUGUCCAUAUGACAGUGCUCAGUCAACUUUCGUACCAUGACAGCCCGUGUGAAGAAAAAGCUGCCUGGUCGACUUGCACCCUUUACGGUGGGCAGGACACCAUGAUUGACUGUGGUUCCAUUACACACUCAAUGCUGCUCUAAAAUCAUUCAAUCAAUCACAGAUAAAGGAAAAGAUUGACUGCGGGUUGACAUAGAAUGUUUACGCUGUGUUUGGUUUCACGUCAAUAUCCAAUGAUAAUGGUUGUGAGCGGAACAGAUUGUAGGGUAUGUGGGUUUUAAUGUGGCUAACACCUAUGUUAAGCGACACCGUAAGCAUUUUGAUUGAACCCGCAGUGAUUUUUCUUAGCUGCAAUUGAUCGAAUUGGGGCCUAAACCUCUUUGUCCAGCCUUGCCUCAUAAGAAGCCUGUGUUUUCUCCCCUCUCCUCCUCCUUCAUCUCCUCCUCUCCUCUAGCCCUUUACACCGACACUAGUUGUGGCUCCUCAUUGCUAACGAGUGUCAGAAUGUGUCUCUGCUCAAGACCUGUACAACAUAUUUAUGUGUAGGUCAACGCUUAAAAUAUGAGAGCCUCUCAGCUCAAAGGUUAUACAUGCAUGCAUUUGCAUUGAGGAGCCACCGAGACCAAAGACGAGACCUUUUUUUUUUUCUCCUCCAUUUUUUGACAUAUGCCUGCGUGUUUGAGGCGAGAGCAAAUUACUAUACAAGACCCGAGCAUGAAAUGUGGCCAGUUCAAAAGCAUUAGACCGAUCAAUAGUUCACUCAUUCAUAUGCAUACCUUUGUAGCUCCAUCCCAGCUUCAGUUGCAUGACCUGUUCCCCUGCCUACAUGACCAUAAAUGGGUACAGGUAACUGCCAAAAUAAAGGAAACACUUUAGUAAGUGAGGGAUACAAAGUACAUAUUCAGCAGGUGCUUCCACACAGGUGUGGUUCCGGAGUUAAUUAAGGAAUUAACAUCCCAUCAUGCUUAGGGUCAUGUAUAAAAAUGAUUAGUCGCCCAUUAUUUUUGCUACCAUGGCUAGGUUAAAAUGGUGUGUGUCUGUGUCGGUGUGUGUGUGUGUGUGUGUGUGUGUGUGUGUGUGUGUGUGUGUGUGUGUAUCAGUCACCAGAUCUCAAACCAAUUGAACACUUAUGGGAGAUUCUGGAGUGGCACCUGAGACAGCAUUUUCCACCACCAUCAACAAAACACAAAAUUAUGGAAUCAUGGAAUGAUGUCGCAUCCCUUCAAAGGAGUUCCAGACACUUGUAGAAUCUAUGCCAAGGCGCAUUCAAGCUGUUCUGGAGGCUUGUGGUGGCCCAGCGCCCUAUUAAGACACUUUAUGUUGGUGUUUCCUUUAUUUUGGCAGUUGCCUGUAUGUCCACCAGGUUGACUUUGCAAUCUCUCAGCUGCCUGUAGCCUCGCGUUUUCUCAUAGAAACAGAGAGAGAUCCAUUCUUGCUUUACCUUUGUAUCAUUCCAGUCACCUUGCAGUGGAGCCUAUAAGACCUGUAGGGAUCUGUAUCUUUGAUCUGAGCUAGUUAAGGUUCAGUCUAUAACUGGAGCGGAAGAGGUGUGUGAGCAAUAAAUCUCACUGACACCUUGUGGGUCCUCAGAGCGAUGAGUCUGUCUGUCUCUGUCCGUCCGUCUGUCUGUGCCGGUGGACGACCUGCAGGCCCAAGGCACUCACUCUGCUAAGCUCCUAAGGACUCGAUGCACUCUAUUGUCUAUUGACUUCCUGGCCCAAAUGGACAUUGUUCCCUGGCCUUUCUGGCCCACUAGAGGCUUAUUCUGCCCAGGAAUUGCUACAAGGCAAUGUCAAUUCUGUCUACACAUUGCAAACUCACUGACAGAAUGUCGAACUUCCUGCCAGUGUUACAGUAAGUCAAGUAAGGUAGUGUGAGUCUAAAACUAAAUGAAACUGAGCUGAUAUAUCCAUGCUGCCUGGGAUUGAUUGACCCACUAUUGGAAGGGCUUUGUUAUGGAGAAGGGAAAAAAUACAUUCAGGGCUUUUCCACACUAAGUGCAAGCCAACUCCUGGGGGAAUUUAGGAAAUAUAUUAUAGUACCUGGCCAUGUUUUACUGCUUUUAAAUCACCUUGGCACAUAACUCACAUAUAAAUUGUGAGGUGAACUCAUUCACACACGUGUGACUCUUUUGCAUUCGCUGAUCCUCUGUCAUUAUUCUCAAUGUGCUGUCAAUGGUUGCACAUGAGCCAGGGUUGUGUGUGUGUGUGUGUGUGUGUGUGUGUGUGUGUGUGUGUGUGUGUGUGUGUGUGUGUGUGUGUGUGUGUGUGUGUGUGUGUGUGUGUCAGGGUGAUGUCUCUGUGUCUGUCCGUCCAUCUGUAAGGUGAUUCAUUUGACACCAUCUUUCUACAUAGAAGGACAGUCCUCUUACCUCUCUUACCUUUCAGCUAGGGGCAUGGAUAAGAUGGGAGUGGUUGUUAAAAGAAGAGAUACAAAGGUGAUUGAGAUGUUUAUAGCAUGCCUUUACUGAGACACCUCAUAUCUAUGCUGUCUCUCUCUCUCUCUCUCUCUCUCUCUCUCUCUCUCUCUCUCUCUCUCUCUCUCUCCUCUCUCUCUCUCUCUCUCUCUCUCUCUCCCUUUCUCUCUCUCUUGUUGGCAUGGCUCUCAUCCAUUCCCUCUCUGUUCCUCUCUGCCUAGUUCUGUGGUGACAUCAUGGGGGAGUGUGAUGCCCUCCUGCCCCUGGCGGAGGCGUGUGGAGAUGCCGCCCUCCUGGAGGUGCGCUGCAGCUUUGUGGAGGUGUGUGCCUGGGUCACGUCUGCCAUCCUGGGCCGUGUGGAGGAACGGGUAGGGGAGGUGCCCUCUGCUGCCCCCCUGAAGAACCUGGUUGCUCUGCUGGGCACCAGUAUGUACAUCCACCAACAGCUGUGCCACUAUGAGGCCCAACUCAGAGAGACCAACACCACCGCAGCAAGAGUGUGAGUCUGUUUAGACUGUGUGUGAGUUUGUAUAUAGGUAUGUAUGUGUGCAUUUGUACCUCUGUUUGUUUCCACACACAAGAGCAUAAUAGUUGUAUUAAACACCACCCACUCCCCUUGUUCAACAGUCCACCUUCCAACUCCCUUCUCAGUUACAUAAUCACUACAACCCUGUGUCAUGGCUAAAAGAAAACCGCACCUCCAUGACAACAAAGAUUUAACCUCUGUGGGAUCGGUGUCCCGUAUACGGGACGGUUGAGUUAACGUGCACUAAUGUGAUUAGCAUAACUGUUGUAAGUAACAGCAAACUUUCUAGGACAUAGACAUGUCUUUAUAUGGGCAGAAAGCUUAAAUUCUUGUUAAUCUAACUGCACUGUCCAAUUUACAGUAGCUAUUGCAGUGAAAAAUGCCAUGCUAUUGUUUGAGGAGAGUGCACAACAACAAAAAACGUAUCAUGGCAACUGGUUUGAUACAUUCACUUCUGAAGGUAAAUAAUGUACUUACAUUCAGUAAUCUUGCUCUGAUUUGUCAUCCUAAGGGUCCCAGAGAUAAAAUGUAGCAUAGUUUUGUUUGAUAAAAUCCAUUGUUAUAUUCAAAUGUAGGAACUGGGUUCUACAGUUUGAACCCCUGCUGUCUCUGGCUCCACACCCACCCCGCCCAGCCAUCUAGAUGUGUGAAAGUUAGUGUAUAAGCUAAUGAUCCAUCAUGUAUGACAUUCCUGGGAGUGUGUAAACUUACAUUUUGUAUUACCAUAUCAUUUUUGUAUGUUCUCUAUAGUUAUGUACUUGAAAAGGUGUCAAUUGACCAAUUCGGCACAUUUGGGCAGACUUGAUACAAAAUAGUCCAGUAUUGCAAUGCUUCACUGGAUCAAUCUGAAACUUUGCACACACACUGCUUCCAUCUAGUGGCCAAAAUCUAAAUUGUGACUAAACUGCAAUAUUAUAUUGUGGCCUUUCUCUUGCAUUUCAAAGAUGAUAAAAAAAUAAAAAUAAACAGUUUUUUGUUUGUUUGUAUUAUCUUUUACCAGAUCUAAUGUGUUAUAUUCUCCUACAUUAAUGUCACAUUUCCACAAACUUCAAAGUGUUUCCUUUCAAAUGGUAUCAAGAAUGUGCAUAUCCUUGCUUCAGGUCCUGAGCUACAGGCAGUUAGAUUUGGGUAUGUCAUUUUAGGCGAAAAUUGAAAAAAAGGGUCCGAUCCGUAAGCGGUUAAAACCAGCAGAAAGCCAUAAAAAGCCAGGGGGUUCACAAGACAUAUUUUCCAAAAUAUUCUGGGGGAUUUAUUGAUGUCCAUUGUAGUUUCUCAGCCCAGGGAGAUUGUCAGUGCACUGCCAAUGGUACUAAAACUCUAUAAUUGAGUUGUAAAGAAUCUGCAUAUCUGUGUGCGAGCGAUGGCCUGACUGCACCGUCCUUUCGUCUGUCUGGUGGAAUGGAGGAGAUGUUGGUUGGAAAACAGAUGUUGCCUCUCAAACUGGGCCAAAGGGUGAAGGCAGGGGAGAGGGAGAAGGCUACAGAGAGUCUGUGUGGCCUAGCGCUGACAGAGAGGGCUGGGGAGCAAGAUGGAGAGAGUUUGAGGGUGGGCUCUAUGAAGGGGGGAGGGGCUAAGAGAGAAGGGAGGGAGGGAAGUGAUUGACUGGUUCUAAUCACUGCCAUUUGUGAAUACAUCUGGCAGAUUUAUUUACCUCCUAGUCCCCCUUUGGCCACUGCACUCCACGUAUCCCUCCUCAAAGUGUCCUGCUUAGCCCUGUGCCCUACCUCUUCCCUCACGCCCCCCACCUUCACCUGCCCUGUGGCCCUUCACCCCCUAUUCUCUUAAACUGCCCCUUCCCUCCCUGACCCCCUUCCCCUUUCUUUGGCCCCUGUGCAACCCUGUUAAAUGUGUUCCUGUAUGUGUGAUGUUUGUGGCCCUGCAGGCCGAUGACACUGCUGCCCAUCCAGAGGUACCAGGAUGUGACGGAGGGCCUGAGAGAGCAGCUGACCAGCUACUGUGUCCAGGUGUGCACCAGCACUCUCCUGCAGGACGCAGAGAGCCACCACUGGGCUGACCCCAAACCCUUCUACGAGGUGAGCUGGACCACGAUUACCACGUUUCGUUAAUGCUCUCUGUGCUAAUGGAGAUUCUCUGCUAGUCAGCAAGAGAGAGUAACGGAUGUCUUGCAGUGUUUGUUGCGUUUGUCGUGUCAUUUUUUUGUCUCUACAAAUCUGAAGAGUCCUUUACAAUUAGAUGUAUUUCCAAAAUGCACUCUUUGCACUCUUAGCGCCCCCGACCACUCCCGCCUCCAAACCCAGGGCUCCACUCUCAGCUCUCCCAGGACAUCUGAGGCUCCUGUGCUUCCCUGAGGGCUGGUGGGAUCGAGCCGUCUGCACUGUGACCAUCUGGAAACAGGGCUGCUGAAGCCUCUGUCCUCCCAUACCUAUGCCCCCUAAACCAACCCAGAAACCCCUCGCACACUCCCUCUCCCUCCAUUCCCGGGCACUGAGGUCAGACAGGCCUGCUGUAUGCAGGUGUGUUCUCCUCUGUCUGUCCUGGAUCCUGGAGCUCAGGGGAGGCAGCUCAGCUCUUCCGGCUCAGACCCAGAACCUGGCCAGGCCCAGCCACAGACAAGUCUCAGCCACACGUGCACUUCCUCUUGGUCCUGGUACAGAUCAUAAUGCAGGGGGGUCUGCUGGGUCCAGAGGCAGAGGAUGGAGCCUUAAUCCCGGACGUACGGUCACGCUCUCUGUCCAGAGACAAUCCGUAAAUUAUUGGCUUGGGGGGAAGAGGGGGUUGAGAUCAUUACUUGAUGUCGAACAUGUUGUUAAUAUUCUCUCUUUGGUCACAACACCAACUGUGGGACUGUUUCCCCCCUGUCUGAAAGCAAUUAGAGACAUGAAACCAGCCUCUCUCUCUCUCUCUCUCUCUCUCUCUCUCUCUCUCUCUCUCUCUCGCUCUCACUCUCUCCUCUCUCUCUCUCGCUCUCUCUCCUCUUUCUCUCUCUCUCUCUCUCUCUCUCUCUCUCACUCUCACUCUCUCUUUCUCUUUCUUUAACAACAUUUCUUUGACCCGAUGUAAAACCCAUGAAUCUUUAUGUCAUUUAAUUUCAGUGUAUGUGUGAGCGUGUGUGUGUGUGCGUGAGCAUCUGUGUGUGCAUGUGUGUGUGUGCGUGCGGGAGCGUCUGUGUGUGUGUUUAGUGAUAUUCCAGACUGUUCCCCUUGUCUGUGAUGCCUUCCACAGAUCAGGGCAUGGAAGCAGUCAUUAGUCCCAUAGGGGUACAGGAGCCCAGGUGCAGAGUGCAGGUGGUGUGACCAUGGGGCCUUCAAUGUGUUGACAGCACUCUCGCUCUCUCUAUCCCUCUCCCUCUCUCUCUCUCUAUGUGCUGCAGGGUGAUAGGUGUUCAUUCUCAGUGCAGAUGUGGCACUACUUCCUGACUGGGCUUCGUACUGACCUGUGGUUGGCUGUGCCGGGCUCUGUGGGGCGGGACGUGCUCGCUCAGGUGACCAGUGAGAGUCUGCAGGUUCUUGUGCAGAGGUACUCCAGGGCACGGCCCUCCUACAAGAGGCACCUGCAGAUCAGGUACAGUAUGGUAUGAGGCAGGGCUCCCCCACACACAGACACACAGACACACAGACACACAGACACACAUGCAUACAUGCACACAUACACGCAUACAUACACACAGUAUUGUUAGUGCUGUUAUUAUGGUUAGUGUUGUUAGUGUUGUUAGUGUUGUUAGUGUUGUUAGUAUUGUUGGUAUUGUUGGUAUUGUUAGUGUUGUUAGUAUUGUUAGUGUUGUUGGUAUUGUUUAGUGUUGUUAGUAUUGUUAGUGUUGUUAGUAUUGUUAGUGUUGUUGGUAUUUUUAGUGUUGUUGGUCUUGUUCGUGUUGUUGGUCUUGUUCGUGUUGUUCGUCUUGUUGGUCUUGUUCGUCUUGUUCGGUUGUUCGUCGUUGGUUAGUGUUGUUCGGUCUUGUUGUUGUUGUUGGUCUUGUUCGUUUGUUGUCUUGUUCGUGUUGUUCGUGUUGUUGGGUCUUGUUCGUCUGUUACGCGGUGUUUGUCAUUGGUCGUCUUUUUGGUGUUUUCGUCUUGUUCGUGUUGUUCGUGUUGUUCGUGUUGUUCCUCUUGUUCCUCUUGUGUCCUCUUGUUCCUCGUGUUCCUCGUGUUCCUCGUGGUUCCUCGUGUUCCUUGUUCCUCUUGUUCCUCGUGUUCCUCGUGUUCCUCUUGUUCCUCGUGUUCUCUUGUUCCUGUGUUCCUCUUGUUCCUCGUGUUCCUUUGUUCCUCUUGUUCCUCGUGUUCCUCGUGUUCUCGUGUUCCUGUGUUAUCUUGUUCAUGUGUUACUCUUGUUACUACGUGUUCACUAGUGUUUCUUGUUAUUUGUUUACGUGUUAUAUUGUUCAUGUUGUUCAUAGUGUUAUAUUGUUCAUAGUGUUAUAUUGUUCAUAGUGUUAAUAUUGUUCAUAGUGUUAAUAUUGUUAAUAGUGUUAAUAUUGUUAAUAGUGUUAAUAGUGUUAACUCGUGUUAAUAUGUUAAUGUGUUAUAGUGUUCACUAUGUUCAUUGUUAUAUUGUUAUGUGUUAACUACUUGUUCAUAUUUUUCAUGUGUUCAUGUGUUACAUCGUGUUCUAUGGUUACAUUUGUUACAUCAGUGUUCAAUAUUGUUAAUAGUGUUAAUAGUGUUAAUAUUGUUAAUAUUGUUAAUAGUGUUAAUAUUGUUAAUAGUGUUAAUAUUGUUCAUAGUGUUAAUAUUGUUCAUAGUGUUAAUAUUGUUCAUAGUGUUAAUAUUGUUCAUAGUGUUAAUAUUGUUCAUAGUGUUAAUAUUGUUAAUAGUGUUAAUAGUGUUAAUAGUGUUAAUAUUGUUCAUAGUGUUAAUAUUGUUAAUAGUGUUAAUAUUGUUAAUAGUGUUAGUGUAGCAGUAUGUGCUGUAGGCAGCAAAGCUGUGUUCUACUAUAUAGUAUGGCCUCCUUAUGCCUGCUUCUUUCCUAUCCCCUCACUAUUGGCUCAGUUUCAUAGUGUUCCUCUUGGGCUUGACGUGGGGGACUGAACGCUGCAUUAACACAUACUAAACACACCCUGAACACAUGCUUAGGCCUUCAGUCCACAACUGCCUCCCAUCACCACUGACAGAUGACAAUGUGCAGGUCGUCCCUGAAUUAGAGUGUGGGGAGAGAGGGCUUGUGUGUGUGUGUGUGUGUGUGUGUGUGUGUGUGUGUGUGUGUGUGUGUGUGUGUGUGUGCUUGCACUGUGUUACAUACAGACCUCCCAAAGAGAGAGAGGAAGUGUAGGGUGCCUCUGUCUAUCUCUGCUCCAACUCACAACCCUCACAUGAUUACACUAAGACACACUUAGGGAUUAUAUCUUUCUAACUUAGAACGGUGACGACAGAUUUGGCUCCUGUGAAGAAAUAGUCCAAUAAAAGCCCUACAACCAAUUGAGGAAACAGAUUUACUGCUUUUUGGACAUGAAAGAAUAUGUAUUUUAUUUAGUAGAGCAAAGGCCUCAGGCCCGUAACUGUCCUGUCAUAAACUCAGCAGGAGGUUUCAUCUGGCUCGCCAACCAUGUUGUCAUGUAAUGAUGUCAUGCCUGAUGAGAGUUACGGAUGCUCUGUGUAGUGUCUAACCCCUUCUUUCCCCCCAGGUGUGACAUCACCGCGGUGCUGCUUUGUGUGGAGCAGCUUAUGUGGAGUGUGUGUGAGCGGCCCGAGGCGCUGGUGCAGUCGGAGCACCCCGUGGGGGGUUGCGUCUGGGUCGCCUCAAUCCACAGCCUGUGUAACCAGCUCCUGACCACGCUGGUCAUCGUGACCGCACCCCUGCCUCAGCUCUUCUGGUACAGACACGACCUCUGACAUCUGACCGCUCACACUGGCCGCAACAGCCAAUCAGCUGUAGCUCAUACUGUCUGCCUUUUACCAACCUCAAACCUCUGGGAACUGUAGUCUUUUAAACAGCCCAUUAGUACCAGGGGUACACUCUGACAUCAUAAACAUAUAUUAAUGUACGUUACUGCAACAUGGUAAGAUUAACCUGGCUUUGUUCUAAUAGACCACUCUUUAAGCAUGGUGUCCUACUGUGACUCCAUCAGUUCAACCACCAUCUGUUAUACACUAAGCGUACAAAACAUUAGGAACACCUGCUCUUUCCAUGACAUGAUCCCUUAUUGAUGUCACCUGUUAAAUCCACUUCAAACAGUGUAGAUGAAGGGGAGGAGACAGGUUAAAGAAUGAUUUUUAAGCCUUGAGACAAUUGAGACAUGGAUUGUGUAUGUGUGCCAUUCAGAGGGUGAAUGGGCAAGGCAAAAUAUUUAAGUGCCUUUGAACGGGGUAUGGUAGUAGGUGCCAGGCACACCCAUUUGUGUCAAGAACUGCAACAUUGCUGGGUUUUUCACGCGGAACAGUUUCCCGUGUGUAUAAAGAGUGGUCCACCACCCAAAGGACAUCCAGCCAACUUGACACAACCGUGGGAAGCAUUGGAGUCAACAUGGGCCAGCAUCCCUGUGGAACGCUUUUGACACCUUGUAGAUUCCAUGCCCCGACGAAUUGAGUCUGUUCUGAGGGAAAUACACAGUCAUGGCAUAUGCAAAGGACACAUACGGCUGAUAUACUGUAUUCUGAUGGCUAUGUGUCAUGUCCCUCAGGACCUUCCAGUACAGACCAGGAGAGGGCUCUCUGUCAGCUCUGGCCCAAUCCCCAAGCAGUCCUGGCAUACACUGGCUCAGUGCCAUCCACCCUGCCCUGUUCACCCAGCAGGCAGCACGGUACGUAACAUACGCACACUCGCACGCCAACUCUUACACGCAGCCAGUAUACCCAACACCGUCCAAUGACCAUAUAUCAAGGACCAUAUGUGUGCUGAGUUAGGGGCAUAUAGUCUGCACAUAUAGCUCAUAGCUCAUACUUUACUCUGCUAGGUCGUUGUCUUUGUGAGGGCCCCAGUCUUACCCAGGGACUGUAAUGCAACACAGAUGCAGUCCAAAGUGUUAGAGGAGGAAAGCACUGUGUUUAUGUUAAUGGCUGCUGAGGGGGUUUUCACUGAGGGUGUGAACAGAGAAGACUGAGAUUGCUUCGGAGUGAGAAGAAGGUGGGUUGUGUGCGUGCAUGCGUUCGUGUUUGGGGGUUUGGGGAGGAAUGACUGGUAUGACCUGAGAAGGUGCACUCAAUCACUCUCCGCCCUAGCCCCAAACUGCCCCCACCCCUCACCACCCUUACCCUUGGGUGAUGUCAUCGCAUGCUUAGAGUGCACAAAUCCCCCCUCUCCAAGCCCUGCCAUGCUCCCAAGGCUCGGAGAGCUGAAAUUAGUUAAUUUUUAUGACCUUUUUAUUUUCCUCAUGUUCAGCGAUGGCAGGGUGCCUUGCUGUGCUGUGGUUCCCUGGCCAAAUCCACAGGUCCUUCCAUGGUUGGGCCCUGUAACCAGUGUAACCAGACCUUCCCUCAGCUCAGCUCCUCACAUAAACUGACUGUGAUGAUUAUUAAAUAAAACAACAACAAAAACACAAAGCACGUCGAUAAAUCAAGUAGUAGUAUGGGCAAUCAAAAGUGUGGAGCUAUCUGUUUUGACACUGGAAGUCGUCCCUGUGCUGUAGCUGGUCAGAUUUAUCACAGCAGUUAAGGGAGGAUUUCUCCUGGAUUUGCAGCCCCAGUGACGACAUAAAUCGUGCCGUCAGGUUCAGGAAUAGUGUUCCUUACUCAAGCAGCAGGGUGCACAACGCUCUCGCUUUUUGGCUGGAAUGGGAUGGCUAACUUUCCCUCCCCCUUCCUCCGCCUACUUUUUUCUUGCCUUUUAUCAGAUGUUAUUGAGACGUAUACAGUACACGCACUCACACACACACACACGCACAUUCACACUCCAAGGACAUGCCUCAUUACACCCAGCUGGCUGCAGCCUCAUGGUUCUACAAAAGACAUAGAGGGUUAUGCUGUAUAUUUAUGGAUUUGGCUUCUCCCCAAAUGUUCAUUUGCUUUUAGCUGGCCAAGAUUAAACGUAAUUCCUUCCCGGUGCACACUCUAAGAACGCGAGCAUGAAGGUAUUUGUGGACUAAUCUGGUAGGGGAGGAACUGACAUUCAAGGAAGUUGCUAUUUCAUAACGGUAUAUUUGCGGGUUCGCAGAUGUGUGUCCUCCCUUGCUGAAUGGACUGCUUUCUAUCAGUCUAGUUAUCCGACUCUGCAGAUCUGUCACUGUUGUUGUGUGUCGUUUCUCCCGCUGCUCUCUCUUCCCGUCUGUCCAUCUGUCCUGUGACUGUCUCGGUUGAAGGGAGGGCCUGACGGGCGAAGCGGCCUCCGAGUGCCAGCUGAGGCUGCUGACAUCUGACCCAGAAUGCAGUCCGAGGUUGCUGCUGACCGCCAUCCUGCACAGAGACUGUCACCUGCUCCGAGUCCUCCUGGAACACUCCCGUAAGACAACACAUUCUGAUGGAAAUACUCUUAACUACCUGCUCAUUGCACCACACACACCUGGGAAAGGUCCGUAAAUGAAAAAUGAGUCCGAUAUCCAACUGAUUUUUACGCGAUGUUAUGUUGUUGUUUUGUUGGUUGUUCUUCAUUCUCCCAAAUCUUUUUAAAUUUUUUAUUCAUGUGUAAGAUCCUCUUUAUUAGCCAAAGUGAAACCAAAGACCUCCCUUCCCAGAGGCCCAUGGGUAGGAUAGGGUCCACUUUGGUUAUGUUACCUUUAAAAUGUUCUCAGGGCCCAGGGCCCCAAUGGAACUAAUCACAUCUCUGGACAGGCUGUGCAGUGCCUGAACAUCUUUGGAUGGAGCCCAUUUGUUUUAUGGAGUUCUCAUCAUCCUCAUCAUCAUCAGGGCCGUCAUCAUCAUGACUAAAUCAAUAGAGCGCCGUAAUAAACACCCAACAGGGCUAACCUGAGCUCACACACUGACCUUUAAACAUCUCCUUCCCCUCUCUCCACAUUGGGAAAGUGUAACCUUUAAAGACUGUUGUGCACUUGCACAUUAAUUCACAUUAAAGUGACCUCAUUAAUAACAAUGCCGGCCUUCUAAGACGACGGCAGCUAGCUAGCGUUUCUCCCCUCCCCAACCGUCGCCCGGGCCUGCACUGCACCGUCGUAAAUCAACAUCACCACCACGCCGAACUCUACCUCAGAGCUAAUUAAGAGGAACCAGACAAACCAUCCUUCUCGUCCCAACUCUCAGUAGCCAAUGCUGUCUUAACUGCUCUCUGAUAGGUGGGUCUGUCCUCUCAUGCAGCUGCGCCAGCAGGCCAGGCAGGGGUUUCUGCUACACUAGGUCCUCUCUGUAAAUGAGCAGCCUUAUACACAGGACUGUUUUAUUGUCAUCACACAUUGUGUUUGCUUCCAAUUACAGAGUGAGAGAGUGUGAGAGAGAGAGAGAGAGAGAGAGAAGAGAGUAGAAGCGAAUUAGAUAUAGAGAGAGCUGAAGAGAGAAGAGAGAGUCGAGUAGAUAGAGACGAGAGAGCGAGAUAGAGACGAGAGAAUCUAUAGAGAGAUCGCUCUAUCUCUCGCUCUCUAGCUCUCUCUCUCUCUCUCUCUCUCUCUCCUCUCUCCUUCCUCUCCUCUCUCUCUCUCUCGCUCUCGGCGAGAGAGAGAAAACGGUAUGCAUCAAGGUUGCAGAGGCUUAGGGAGGGAGAGAGAGAGAGAGAGACUCUUCAGAGAUGGAGCAGUAGUCUGUCUAUCAUAACUAAUCUCAGGUUCCAUAAUGGGAUAAUUAUUAAAAGGUGUCUAGUUAACCUGCCAUGUUCUUCAGCACCCCAAGUGGAAAUUGAUAUAAGUCCCCCUUUCCCCUCGACAGUGGGCAUGGCGCUAUCACCACGCGCCCUCUCCUUAAGGACCAAUUACCAGGCCGACAGACUACAAGGCGGCAGCAUAAUCCACAUAAUGCAGUGUAAUAGAGUGAUUGUAGGUCAAAGGAUGUUUGACCACUUUUUUUGUGCCGCGUCGGGAGAAAAAACCCAGAAAGGAAAUCAAUUCCCAUCAGUGGUUGAGCGGCGAUGGGCUUCCUGGCUUCUUAUUAAGCCGGGUGAUAUUAGGGCCCCUGCGUCCCUUAAUGCGGCAGGUAAUUUAGGCCUGUCAUUUUAAAACAGUCCAACAUUUGUCAAGGGGGAGCGCAAACAGCUCCCUGCCUUCCAUCAAAAGACCUGCUCAUCGAGUGCUGCGUUGCAUUCGGCCUCCUAUUCAAAUACCUGUCAUCUCCCACAAAACAGACUGACAGACGUCCUCUAGACCUGUGCCACCGGAGGAACACAGAUGAUCCCCCUCCCCCUCAGCCCCUACCCCCACCUCCCACCCCCAACCCCCACCACCCCAUGCCUGCAGCGACCCCAACAAGGACAUCCUGUCAGAACAUGUUCCUACUUAUUUCCUGCCUCCCAUCUACUAAGAUAUUCAUCCACAAGAGGCUUUGGGAUUCAGUUGUUUUUGUAUAAUUUCACCAAAGAUGUGUGGCUGUGUAUUUUCUAUGCCAAUAGUUAUUGUGUUACCUUUUGUUGCCGUGUCUCAGUUUGGACAGCCUUGACAGCCUUGAGAUAUUUUCUCACUUGACGCAUUUGAUAUAGCUUUCUUUCCACCUCCCCUCAGCCCCCACCCCGAAGGUGCAGCUGGGGAAUGUUCUGUAUCAUGGCUAAGGUUGCAAUGGAAGGUUAGCAGUGCACGGCCAUCUACUGCAGCUGAAGAGACUCCAUUCAAAACUGAGUCACACUCCCAAACAUGUUUGAAUGCAUGGGUUUCACUAUAGUCCUUGGCAUUUUAUGUGUUUCUGUCACUUAAACUUUUCCUAAAAGAGGACUAUCUUUUCAGAUUUCUGCAUGGAGGAGGAGGCAGAUGCUGAUGCUGUGUCUCCUGUGAAGAGCGAUGCUGGAGAUGAGUUUAUGGAGGCAGUGUACAACGUGCUCAGCUCCCUGAACAAUGUCCCCAAAGCCUUGACUCUGGCCCUGGAGACAUACUUUGACAGAGGACACUUAUGGGACUAUCUAUACAGCCUGGCAGGUAUUCAAACCUAAUUGUUGCUAUACAUAAACUGUAUUUUACACUGGAGUGCACUGUACUGUAGGCACUCGAGAACACACAAUGCAGGAUACAGACUGAGUUUCCAAAGAAAAACACUGAAGAAUACUAUGUCCUAACUUUAUUGUUAUGGUCACUAAUGUUCAGAUCAGACCUGGAUCCAAAUGCAACACAUGUUUUUGUUUUGGGAAAUAGCCAACUUGAGCUGUACUUGAUUUAGUUUGACUGGUAAAAUAGAACCAAUGGAAUAGUCCCAAAUGUGCAAACUCCAAGCUAAAUAAAACACACCUAAAAUACAGUAGAUGAAACAAUUUUACCUGUGUAUUUGAUCCACGUCAGGUUGAAAUCAACGUAUAGGUUAACGCUAAGUAGUAGUAGUUGUGUGUGUGUGUGUGCAUGUGUGCAUCCUAGUGUGUGUGCAUGCCCGUUGGUAAACACUGCCAUCACUAUUCUAACGAAUACAACAUGUCAGAAGUGGGCUUUUAUCGGAAUGAAUUCGAGGCUCAUUACAAGUAAUCCAAAACUAUAACGCAAACCCUCCCUUAACUCUCUGGUGACUGUUUACGUGUUGUCAUUUCCAUUACAAAACAUAUCAAAAGUCCCGCUCCAACAUCAACUCAUUCUGUCGAGCUAAUCGUACUACAUUGGUUCAGUGCUCAAUAGCACAGACUGCAAUUAUUCCCUGACACUUCCUUUUCUCAGGCGAAAGCUUUGAUUGUGGGCUUAAUCAGGGCUGCUGUGAGUCCCAGCUCAUUUUGGUGUAGUUUUUUCUCCAUCACAUGCGAGAGGUAAUUAUUGUUGCAUAAAUUAGGGUGAUUGGAUAGGAAUUUGGAAGGGGAGAAGGAGAGAAGACAGUGGUGGAUUCACUCCUGUAGUCUCAAUGUCACCCAGUGCUCUCGCGCUCUCUUUCUGUGUGUCUCCUGCUAUCGUUGGCUUAAUUGCUGCUCUGGGAUGCACCUCCCAACUGAGAUGGGGUGUAAUUGAAUUUUGGGGCACAGGAGUUCCCCGAACCAAACUAUUGAUCUCUCUGGGAACUUCUCUACUGUUCUGUGUAUUGUUUAAAGUUUGUAAUGUCUAAUGACGUAACAAUCAGCUAGAGUUGGUUUGAAGUCUUAUAUGUUGAAGUAGUCAGUGAGUAUAGAAGUGUGAACUGUGUUUGAAUAUGGGGUUACUUUUGACAAAUGGGUUGAGGUUUUGGAGACAGAGGUUUUGAUUUACCAUGUAGGAAACCUAUAUCACAUUUUUAUUUUCUACUUUCUGUUUAGAAGGGAUGGAGAGUUAUAGAUGGUAGGUGUCCCCUGGGACUUCAAUGCACUUCCAGUCCUGCCACUCUACUAAAUCUCUCUGAUGUAGCUCUUUGUUUUUUCUGCUAACGCUGUAGAAAUGUUAUGAAUGCCAUACAGCUGCACACUGUUGCUGCUCUGGUGCUGAUAUGUACAGGAUAUUGAAGGUCAAAACGUUGAAAUACCUGACUUGGGCAAAGCUGGUAUCCACCUAAUGCCCACCUGGUUUUGAUACAGAAUACCUCUCUUCUCCUGGUAGUGGUUUCAAACACUUCUCAGCACCAAAAGAUUAAAGUUUACAACCCUCAGCUUUUUAAAUCUGUUUUCAGUUUUUCACCCUUAAAUAAUCUUUCUCUCCUUGGCACUGAAAUUGUAAUUUAGGAUUGGUGAUUGACAGAGUUUUCUCACCUGGUUUCCCAGGUUUCGAUAAGUUGCUGAUUUAAAUGCAACAAUUGAUAAGCGUUAGCCAAUUUAGAAGAAGAGCAUUAUGUAACACUUAGAGUACCUACUCUUCCUCUGUCAUGAAAGUGAUUGCUGCCACUGUCCUGGUCUGUCUUAGAUUCAGUGCGGCCUGUCCCCGUUGUGGUCAGCUUUAUCCGGGCAGUGAUCAACCAAACUGUCCACUGCCUUCUGGGCCACCUGGUCACCAUGGUGCUGGACUGGCAGGCCUCUGAGGAGCCCUGUGCCCCCCUGCUCAGACGGGACGUCCCAGACAGCGUCCUCACUAAAGUCCCCAAGGAGUGGAGCUACACCCCUCAGACACCCAAGGGGAGGGAGUCAGCUAAGAGUACGUACUGUCAGAGAUGAGAAGAAAUAAAUAUGUGGAUUGCAUCUCUUCUUGUAAUACAACCCGAUUGAUUAUCCAUUAGCUAAAUCAACAUAGUUAUUUCAUGCUCAGUAUUGUCUGAAACACUUUGAUCCCUGAGCCCUGGUCUUUCUCUCCUGUCUGUUCAGGUGUGGUGAAUCUGGCCCUCCAGGCCCUCUCUUUCAUCUACACCAACCUGCCUUCGGCCGUGGCUUCGCUCCCCCUGCCAGUACGCUUCCUCUUCCACACCGCAGAGAAACACCUUUCCCAGCAUGCUCGGCAGCUGCGCUCCACAGGCCUGCUCCUCUGGACCCUCCUUAGCUGUCUCUGCCAGUGCCUGGAGGACCCCAACUCACUGGAGCUGCUGUGUGGCCUGCCUCUAGACCGGGGGGCCAAGGAGAGACUGGCCCUGCUGUCAGAGUGCCUCCAGGGUACCAUGGGCCAAGGCCAGCAGAAGGGAGUGCCCAAGCCCACUGUGCACAAGGUACUGCAGGCUCUGGAGGAGAGGAGGCCCAAGUGGUGCUCCAUGCAGCUGCAGAAGGCCCGCAAGCUCUGCUCCGAGAGGUGAGAGGUCAACCUAACUUAACCCUAACCUAACUGUAAUCCUAACCAAACCUAACCUAUCCUGCAGAAGGUCAGCAAGGUCUGCUCCAAGAGGUGAGAUGUCAACUCUGGACACCUACUGUAUGGACAAACACUGAGCUGCUGUCGCUUCAAUUUCUCUCUUUACGGCAUCUAAAUAGUCUUUAGGAUUUGUCAAAUAUAACAAUAUCCAUUCAGGACUUAGAGAUAUUAAAACAGAAGAGAUGAUCAUUAGUCAAGUUAGCUUUUAUAUUGAAACUGCGAUAUAUCUUCCAAUACAUCAUUCUGUUGAAUGAUCAGUCUACCAUUUUUGGGAAGAGAUUGGUUGAGGCUGAUUAUAUAAAAGCAAAGUAAGUGUUUCAGUAUGAUGCAUGGUAUAUUCAGCCAAAUGGCAUUCAUGUAUUUGUGAUAGAACAAUUUAAUGAGUAGUAUGCUAUUCAGAUAUGUUCUUUAAUUCAGUGUGUGUGCCACCCUGAUGGAUUGCAUCAUCAGUUGCAGCCAUUUUUCAUGGGAACCUGUAUGAACAAGAUCAAUGUAUUCUGAGACAUGAUAUUUAUCUUAAAUGAUGGACAUCCUACGGUCUGAAUGGAAAACAAAAUAAGGCAAUGGGAAAUUGGGUUUGAAUUUGGCUCAUACUUUGACCCCGAGCUUGGUGACUUAUUCCCGGAACCUGCGCCUCUGACCGCUCAAGACCAACGAGCAGAAAAGUCUGGACACAUUCAUCCUCGUUAAAAAUUAUUUAGCCGGCCGGGUAACGAAACCACACAAACACAGCAGCUUGCAGAAAGAAAUAAGAGAGAGAAAGACGGAGAACAGAUUACCUCAAGUGUUCCAGGAAACGGCCUGCUCCUAGUGACAGGAACAAGGGGUGGUGGAAGUCGGAAAAAAACGGAGAAGAGGGGGAAAAUGGGAGGGGAAAAAGCAAAAGAGUGAUUAUGUAUCACCUGUCAGAGCCAUUCUCCGAGAUCAUUACUAUUCAUUAAAAUAACCUUCACUGGGAAGUGAAGCCUGGGUUGUAAACAAUCAGUGUACAGUGGCAUCAGCGGGAGGGAAGGGGGGCUCGCCAGUCCAAAAACAACCCCCCACCGCCCCACCCUAUCCUCACACACACACACACACUACCACCGCCCCCCACCUUGUCUUUGUAAAGUAAUUUGUAGAGGAGAAGAUUAUUGUUCUCCAUCAUGGUGACCCUGACUGGACUGACGGGAUGAAUACACAGAUGAAGAUGAAUGCAGUUAUUGCUUGGCGGAGGUCUGCCUCUUUCAGGGCACAUUGGCCCUAAUGACAUGAUUGAUAGGCUGUCCUAAAUCCAGAGAGGCCCUCAUUAAUCACCCCGCUGACUGAAUCCAAUCAUCUGCUUCACCUGCACAGUGAUGGACAGGAAAGGAUACAGCGCAGGUGCUGACACGGAUGCACGGCCCCGCUACCGGGAGAAGGAAGGGCCUCGCCCACCUCUCUCAAUGUCACAUCCGCCAAAAGCUGCCUGACAGGCGACACUGUUUCUGCCACCUUAUAAUUACAAAAAGAAGAGAGGGAGAGAAUGUGAAAGAGAAGGAAAAAACAAUGACAGGAAGUCCAUCCGGACGGAGGAGAGCGUUUGACGGACGGCGAGCAUUGUGGAAAUGGCGAGGAAUAUAGGAAGGGCAGGGAAGUGACUCGGGCCGCUGCUAGGGUAAGGCGCUUGUGUGUGUGUGUAGAUAUUAUGCACACAUGCACGCAAACACCUCCUCACACGCACGGUGAAAUCAUUGAUACUGUAUCACUGCUUUAUCAAUGCAGGGCUUUGUUUCGAAACACCUCCGUAUGAAGAACGUGAUAGAAUAGAACACACUGUAUCUGUGGUUUACGUUCACUUUCAAUAUACACCUCAAUGCUGCAGAAAGAGAUCCACACAAAUGGUUUUGAAAAGGCCUGCAAUUGAAACAUUCAAUGAAAGUGGGAACAAUAGUGCUGUAAUUUUCAAUCCAGUAGAAAAUAAAAGCCCAAACCUUGAACCCUCCUACAAGUUUUUAAAGUGUAAAGCAUUUAUAUAAUAGGCCUAUAACUUGAUACAUUAAAGGGCAGUCACAACAGAAUAAAGUGUGGCUAUGGAUUUGUAGCUCUUUGGCUAAAUCCCUCGAGGAAAUGGAAUGUUCAGGUAGCAGAUGCUCAUGGUAACUGUGGCUUUUUGUUUCCCUUGCCGCCUUCUUUCUCUCUUUCUAUCUCACCUCUCACUCUUUCACCCCCCCCCCCUCUCUCUCUCUCUUUAUCUCUCUCUCUCUCUCCCUCUCUCAGUGCGUUUGAGUGGGGCGAGAGUGGUGUUCCACAGGAGAGGGGCGGCGGUGUGGCUGAGGCAACUGAGCAGAAAAUAGGGCUGAUACUCCUGGAGAUUUGCCACAAACCAGGUGGUGCCGAGUACCUGAGGCAAAUCUAUCAUAUCAUCCAAGUCAAUGAGGUAGGGAAGGACUCCCUCUCCCCCGCAAUUAGGUGGCCGCUGGCCUGGGGCCGGCGUCUGCUCUGGGGGGAAGGGGUAUGGGAAAGAGGGUGGAAGUGUGGGGGGUUACCGCUGGAGCCGGCUGCUGCCUGGCAGCCUGGCUGAGACAAGGAAGACCUGAGAACAUGACACUGUAGCAUCCACUGACCUCCCCGGGAACUGUGAGCAAUGGGGCUGGAGAGAGGGAGAGAGGGAGGAAGGAAAGGAGAGAGGGGGUGGGAGGAGGCUGCAUGCAAAUAUAAUGUUAUUUGUCAAUACUGUAACAAAUCUCUCCAACUCGUCCUUCUUCCACUACUGUCAGCCUCAGUGAGUGGUAGAGGGAUGUUGUUUGUAGCCAGGAGAUGGUGAGGCCCAAACAUGCUCCAAAGUACCCCCUACUAGCAGCCUCUUCUACCCAGACAAGGUCAAGGCAAGGACGGCCAGGUCAGGCUGGACGGCUGGGCUGGAGUGUGCUGGCCUGGGUUGGGGGGGUUGACAGGCUGACUGAUGUGUGUGCAGUGGAUCCACACUGGGGUGCCUCUGUUCAUACCCCACUCCCACACCACCAAGCCUCUUCCUCCUCUUGCACUUCUGCAAAACCAUAACAAAGGUUACACUGUAGAAAUGAGGGUAGAAAGUUAGCUCCUACCAUGAAAUAGUUAUCUCCGUGUCUGGAUAUCUAUACAUAUCCUCGUCCUCUGCCAUUGUCCUGUAUCUCUGUUUCUAUUUUUGAUGAGGUCUGAUUAAUUUCUACUUUUGUUGGGCCAAUCGAUCAGGGAAUAGAGAGAGAGAGAGAGAGAGAGAGAGAGAGAGAGAGAGAGAGAGAGAUAGUAGCAGAGAGGAAGAGGGAGAUAGGAGAGCUAUCUCCUCUCUCUCUCUAUCUCUCGCUCUUCUAUCUCGCUCGCUCUCUCUCUCUCUCUCUCUCGAUAUUCUCUGUCGCUCGCAUUCUCUCGCUAUCUCUCUCUCUCUCUCUUUCUCUCUCGCUCUCUCUCUCUCUCUCUCUCUCUCUCUCUCCAUUCCCUGUCCAUUACUGGAUGUCUGGAACUAUAUCUGAAACUGAUUAGUUUCUACUUCUGUUGGGCCAAUCAAACAGGGAAUAGGUGGAAGGAGAGCAUCCUAGUGUCCAUUAUGUCUGGGACUGUACUUUUUUAAAUCAGAGAUGUACUAAUUAAAAUGGCAAAGAUAUACUACUAAUUGUGCUAAAUGUCCUUCCAGAUACAAUUAUCUAUUUGAAGACAGCUGUAUCAAAUCAAAUUGUAUUUGUCACAUGCGCCGAAUACAACAGGUGUAGACCUUAUAGUGAAAUGCUUACUUGUAAGUCGCUCUGGAUAAGAGCGUCUGCUAAAUGACUAAAAUGUAAUGUAAAUGUUACAAGCCCUUAACCAACAAUGCAGUUUUAAGAAAAAUAAGUGUUAAGUAAAAAAUGUAUAAGUAAAAAAGAAAUUAAGAGCAGCAGUAAAAUAACAGUAGUGAGGCUAUAUACAGGGGGUACCGGUACAGAGUCAAUGUGCGGGGGCACAGGUUAGUCGAGGUAAUUGAGGUAACAUGUACAUGUAGGUAGAGUUAAAGUGACUAUGCAUAGAUAAUAAACAGAGAGUAGCAGCAGCGUAAAAGGGGGUGGGGGGGGGGAACAAUACAAAUAGUCUGGGUAGCCAUUUGAUUAGUUGUUCAGGAGUCUUAUGGCUUGGGGGUAGAAACUGUUAAGAAGCAUUUUGGACCUAGACUUGGCGCUCCGGUACUGCUUGCCAUGUGGUAGCGGAGAGAACAGUCUAUGACUAGGGUGGCUGGAGUCUUUGACAAUUUUUAGGGCCUUCAUCUGACACCACCUGGUAUCGAGGUUCUGGAUUGCAGGAAGCUUGGCCCCAGUGAUGUACUAGGCUGUACGCACUACCCUCUGUAGUGCGUUGCGGUCGGAGGCUGAGCAGUUGCCAUACCAGGCAUUGAUGCAACCAGUCAUGAUGCUCUCGAUGGUGCAGCUGUAGAACUUUUUGAGGAUCUGAGGACCCAUGCCAAAUCUUUUCAGUCUCCUGAGGAGGAAUAGGCUUUGUUGUGCCCUCUUCAUAACUGUCUUGGUGUGUAUGGACCAUGAUAGUUUGUUGGUGAUGUGGACACCAAGGAACUUGAAGCUCUCAACCUGCUCCACUACAGCCCGUCGAUGAGAAUGGGGGGCGUGCUCUGUCCUCUUCUUUUUCCUGUAGUCCACAAUCAUCUCCUUUGUCUUGAUCACGUUGAGGGAGAGGUUGCUAUCCUGGCACCACACAGCCAGGUCUCUGACCUCCUCCCUAUAGGUUGUCUCAUCGUUGUUGAUGAUCAGGCCUGCCACUGUUGUGUCGUCGUCAAACUUAAUGAUGGUGUUGGAGUCGUGCCUGGCCAUGCAGUCAUGGGUGAACAGGGAGUACAGAAGGGGACUGAGCACGCACCCCUGAGGGGCUCCCGUGUUGAGGAUCAGCGAGGCAGAUGUGUUGUUACCUACCCUUACCACAUGGGGGCGGUCCAUCAGGAAGUCCACGAUCCAGUUGCAGAAGGAGGUGUUUAGUCCUAGGGUCCUUAUCUUAGUGAUGAGCUUUGAGGGCACUAUGGUGUUGAACGCUGAGCUGUUGUCAAUGAAUAGCAUUCUCACGUAUGUGUUCCUUUUGUCCGGGUGGGAAAGGGCAGUGGGAGUGCAAUAGAGAUUGCAUCAUCUGUGGAUCUGUUGGGGCUGUAUGCAACUUGGAGUGGGUCUAGGGUUUCUGGGGUAAUGGUGUUGAUGUGAGCCAUGACCAGCCUUUCAAAGCACUUCAUGGCUACAGACGUGAGUGCUACAGGUCGGUAGUCAUUUAGGCAGAUUACCUUAGUGUUCUUGGGCACAGGGACUAUGUUGCUUGCCUCGAUGCGAGCUUAGAAGUAAUUUAGCUCGUCUGGUAGGCUCGUAUCACUGAGAAGCUUGCGGCUGUGCUUCCCUUUGUAGUCUGUAAUUUGCAAGCCCUGCCACAUCCAAGGAGCGUCGGAGCCGGUGUAGUACGAUUCAAUCUUAGUCCUGUAUUGACGCUUUGCCUGUUUGAUGGUUCGUCGGAGGGCAUAGCGGGAUUUCUUAUACAUUUCCUGGUUAGAGUCCCGCUCCUUGAAAGUGGUAGCUCUACCCUUUAGCUCAGUGCGGAUGUUGCCUGUAAUCAAUGGCUUCUGGUUGGGGUAUGUACGUACAGUCACUGUGGGGACGACGUCAUCGAUGCACUUAUUGAUGAAGCCAGUGACUGAUGUGGUGUACUCCUAAAUGCCAUCGGAAGAAUCCCGGAACAUAUUCCAGUCUGUGCUAGCAAAACAGUCCUGUAGCUUAGCAUCUGCGUCAUCUGACCACUUCUUUAUGGACAGAGUCACUGGUGCUUCCUGCUUUUAAGCAGGAAUCAGGGGGAUAGAGUUAUGGUCAGAUUUGCCAAAUGGAGAGUGAGGGAGACCUUUGUACGCGUCUCUGUGUGUGGAGUAAAGGUGGUCUUUUUCCUCUGGUUGCACAUUUAACAUGCUGGUAGAAAUGAGGUAAAACAGAUGUAAGUUUCCCUGCAUUAAAGUCCCCGGCCACUAGGAGCGCCGCCUCUGGAUGAGCAUUUUCCUGUUUGCUUAUGUCCUUAUACAGCUCAUUGAGUGUGGUCUUAGUGCCAGCAUUGGUUUGUGGUGGUAAAUAGACAGCUACGAAAAAUAUAGAUGAAAACUCUAUUGGUAAAUAGUGUGGUCUACAGCUAAUCAUUAGAUACUCUUCCUCAGGCGAGCAAAACCUAGAGAAUUCCUUAAUAUUAGAUUUUGUGCAUCAGCUGUUGUUUACAAAUAUACACAGACCGCCACCCCUUGUCUUACCGGAGGCAGCUGUUCUAUCCUGCCGAUGUAGCGUAUAUCCCACCAGCUGUAUGUUAUCCAUGUCGCCGUUCAGCCAUGGCUCGGUGAAAUGUAAGAUAUUACCAUUUUUAAUGUCCCGUUGGUAGGAUAACCGUGAUCUAGUUAGUCUAUUUUGUUAUCCAAUGAUUGUACGUUAGCUAAUAGGACUGAUGGUAGAGGCAGAUUAUGCACUCGCCGUCGGAUCCUUACAAGGCACCCCGACCUACGUCCCCGAUAUCUCCGUCUCUUUCUCAUGCGAAUUACGGGGAUUUGGGCCUUGUCGGGUGUCUGAAGAAAAUCCUUUGUGUCCCAAUCGUUAAAGAAUAAUUAUUCGUACAGUACGAUGUGAGUAGUUGCUGUCCUGAUAUCCAGAAGCUGUUUUUGGUCAUAAGAGACGGUGGUAGAUACAUUAUGUACAAAAUAAGUUACAAAACACACACAAUAGCACAAUUGGUUAGGAGCUCGUAAAACGGCAGCCAUCUCCUUCGGCGCCAUUCUCAUUUCCUGUAUUUGUCCCUGUAUUCUUGAGGAAAAAGUGUGAAAUGUAAACUCUUUGACCUCUCUCUCUCUCUCUCUCUCUCUCUCUCUCUCUCUCUCUCUCUCUCUCUCUCUCUCUCACACGCUCUUUCCCUCUCCCUCCCUCCAUCCUUCUGUCCUGUGUGUUUCACCAGCCACUGUUGAGGUCCAAGCUGUGUGUGUCCAGUGACCCCCCAGAUUACUCUCCUCAGACAGUGACCUUUGACCUGGGAACAGACCGUCCUGGUCACCCCUCACCCCGGUUCAACCCCCUCCACCAGUUUGACCACAUCGGCAGCAACAAGUUUGACCAG